UCACCGCAAACGCAUCACCAUCUCUCCCGCUCGCUCCUCUCCUCUCCUCUCCUCUCUCCGUGCGCGCUAGCCCGCCCCUCCGCGUCACCGAUUCAAAGUGGAGCCGAGCUGCCACGGAACAGUCAGUCAGCGGCAGGAGAGGCUCAGAGCGCGGGGCGAUCCCACACACACACACACACCGCCACUGACACAGCCGGGGCAGGGACACGCUCGCCGGGGACGCUUCACCCUCUCUCACCCUCGCAAGAUCACAGACCGCCUCGGAUCUAACCAUGCGGGCUGAAGUCGGGAAGCUUUUUCUUGUGCAUUUGUUUCUCACGGAGCUCCAUUGCGCUAAAGGAACUCAUGUGGAAUUGGUAUGCGAGACGGGGCAGUUCCAGUGUGGAAACGGACGCUGCAUCCCGUCCCUGUGGAGAUGUGAUGAUGACGAUGAUUGCUCGGACAAUACUGAUGAAGAAAACUGUCCAAAGAAAACCUGCGCGACUACUGACUUCGCCUGUAAGAACGGCCAGUGCGUGCCCGCUAGGUGGCGCUGUGACGGGGAGUCGGAGUGUGUCGACGGAUCAGAUGAGGCUGACGCAAUCUGCAGCCGACACACCUGCCCACCAGAGAAGUUCGACUGUGGGGGAGCGUCCAGCAAGUGUGUAUCGUUGUCAUGGCGAUGCGACGGAGAGAGGGACUGUGAGAACGGGGCGGAUGAGGAGCAGUGCGCAGCUGACGCCAAAGCUUGCCCGAGCAAAGACUUCGCCUGCCGGAAUGGGAAGUGCGUAGCCCAGAUCUUCGUUUGCGACGGCGAUGACGAUUGCGGAGACUCCAGCGACGAAGAGAAGUGCUCGGCGCCCACCUGUGGCCAACACGAGUUUCGCUGCAAUGAUUCUGAAUGCAUCCCGGCGCUGUGGAGCUGCGACGGAGACCCCGACUGUAAAGACAAGUCCGAUGAGUCCAUGGAGCGGUGCAGCCGGAAAACUGAACCCCAGAAACCUCGCUGUCCGGUGGGGGAGUUCCAGUGCGGGAGCGGGGAGUGUGUGCACAUGAACUGGAAGUGUGACGGAGACGCAGACUGCAAGGACAAGUCCGAUGAAGAAAACUGUCCCCUGUUGACUUGCAGACCAGAUGAGUUUCAGUGCGGUGAUGGUUCCUGUAUCCACGGCACCAAACAGUGCAACAAAGUGCACGACUGUCCAGACUACAGCGACGAGGCCGGCUGUGUCAAUGUGACGAAGUGUGACGGCCCAAAGAAGUUCCGCUGUAAGAACGGAGAAUGCAUCGACAGCAGCAAAGUGUGUGACAAUGUGAAGGACUGUAAAGACUGGUCUGAUGAGCCCAUGAAGGAGUGCGGAGUGAAUGAGUGUGCGGAUCAGAACGGAGGCUGCUCCCACCUGUGCAGAGACCGAAAGAUCGGAUAUGAGUGUGACUGUCCCCCCGGGUACAAGCUCCUGGACAAGAAGACCUGUGGAGACAUAGAUGAGUGUGAGAACCCUGACGCCUGCAGCCAGGUCUGCAUCAACUACAAGGGAGACUUCAAGUGUGAGUGCUAUGAAGGCUACGAGAUGGACCCUGUCUCCAAAGCAUGCAAGGCUGUCGGUAAAAGUCCGUACCUGAUGUUCACUAACCGUCAUGAGAUCCGACGCAUUGACCUUCUGAAGAGCGAGUAUUCUCAGGUGGUGCCCACACUGAAGAAUGCUGUGGCUCUGGACGUGGACGUGGCCUCCAACAAGAUGUUCUGGUGUGACCUCUACCACCGCAAGAUCUACAGCGCGUACAUCAACAGAGCCAGUGAAUCAUCCGAACAGGUGACGCUGAUCGACUCGCUGCACUCCCCGGAAGGCCUCGCCGUCGACUGGGUCCACAAGAACAUCUACUGGACCGACUCCGGCAACAAGAGCAUCUCCGUGGCAACCGUCGACGGGCGAAAGAGGCGGGUCCUGAUCGCCACAGAGCUGAGCGAGCCGAGGGCCAUAGCCGUCGACCCCCAGCACGGGUUCAUGUACUGGUCGGACUGGGGAGAUCACGCUAAAAUCGAAAAAGCCGGGAUGAACGGAGUGGACCGGCAGAUUCUGGUGUCGCAGCACAUCGAGUGGCCCAAUGGCAUCACGCUGGACUUGUCCAACAGGCGUCUGUACUGGGUGGACUCCAAGCUGCACCUGCUGUCCAGUGUGGAUCUGAACGGAGACAAUCGCAAAGUGCUGUUAUCCUCCACCGACCAUCUGGGACACCCCUUUGCUCUCACUGUUUUUGAGGACCGGGUUUACUGGACAGACCUGGAGGAUGAAGCCAUUUACAGCGUGAACCGUUUGACUGGACACGACGUGGUGAAGGUGGCAGAACAUCUGAACAACCCUCUGGACCUGGUGGUGUUCCAUGAGCAGAGGCAACCCCAGGCUCCGGACACGUGUAACCUGGGCAGUCUUCCUAAUGGGGGCUGUGAGUACCUGUGUCUGCGCGCCCCUCAGAUCACAGAGCACUCCCCCAAAUACACCUGCGCCUGUCCUGACGGCAUGGAGCUGGGCCCAGACAUGAGGCGCUGUGCAGUCGUCCGACCAAGAACAACCACCACCUCCGCUACCACCACUACUACUACUACUACUACAACCACAACUACAACAACUUCACCUCCUACGACAACUACAUCUACUACGACUACAACACCAGCCCCUACUACCACCAGCACUACAACUACUACAGCAACUUCUACUACAGCUACUACAAGUAAACCUGUUUCCACGUCGACGCACUCCCCCACGCAGACUACGCCUCAGUCUCCCAGAAGCACCUCCACAGAGCAGGUCCACACUACCACGACAGAGAGGAGCACCCACAGGAGCACAGAGAGCAGCAGUACCAGGCAGACACCCACCUCUUCACACACACCCAUGCUGGGGCCCACCGCUCCAGACGGGGUGCAGAGGGAGAGCAACGGCAAUCUGUCACAUAGAGCUGCCAGUGAUCACUACCUCAUAGGGAACAACAUCACCGUGGCCGUGCUGGGGAUUGUCAUUCCGAUCGUACCUAUCCUUGCCACAGUGGUCAUCGGACUCAUCUGCACGGGCGGGUACCUGGUCUGGCGAAACUGGCGUCGCAAAAACACCAAGAGCAUGAAUUUCGACAACCCCGUCUACCGCAAGACCACCGAGGACGACGACGACGAGAUCCACAUCGGCCGGCACAGCGAGUCCAUCGGGCACGUCUACCCUCCACGCGUGGCUCUGAGUCUGGAUGAUGAUGGUUAUCCCUGAGGGUCCCCCAUGGCCCCUCCGCAACCCCCCAAAACCCCCAUCAUCUCCGGCCCUCUCCUCCAUCCCACCCACCACCCGCCACCUCCUCACCUCCGCCUCGAGGCCAAUGCCACGCAAGGGAGAACUCAAACUACCCCUUUAAGGAGCAGGGAUGACAUCGUGUAAUACCGCUCUUUCCUCUGCCUCCGCUUGGCUAACAUAGAUACCACCACUAGCUGCUAAUAGCUCCUUUCUUGCUCCUUUCUUCCACUUCUUGCUGCCUCUUGUUUUUGUAGUUGUCAAAGCUGCUAAAACACGUUCAAACUAACCUCACUGGGCUGUGAAGGCGCGCUGUAAAUAGCGGAUGUCCUAAUCCUUUGUUUUUAUUUAUUAUGUUGUAAAUAUGUUGGAAGUUGUCAAGGUUACGCCGCACUGAUGAGGACUUUUUUAACAUGACAAAACCUCCUGAAGUCUUGAAUCAAACAGAAUAGUCUUUUGAGAAGGGUAUAGAACAUACAUUGCGUUUGCCCCUUGGAGAUGGCUCGUCAAAGCUAAAUAUAGCCACGGGGAACUGGCUGUGAAAAGUUGUGUUUGGAGGUUGUUUUUGGGGUGAAAGAGAGAGAGUGAAAGGAGACGUGCCACCAGAGGGUAGUGGCCCGGGGCUAAGUAGAAGCAGCAGAGCAGAAAGGCAAAGGAUUAUGGGUAAAUCCUCGUCUGGUAUCAGGUACGCACACAUAUGAUAACAGACAUGGGUUUGUUUGCGUAUUUUUGGUACAAGUUAGGAUUAGCUGAUGUAUAGGGUUACUUGCAAAUACAAUGUGAAAAACUGAGAGGUAGAAAAUGAAUAAUGAAGGACAUAAUUGUUAAAGGUGCGCUAUGUAACAUUUCAUGUGCUUGUCUCCAUGGAGAUGUGUUUGCUUUGUCUGAGAUGUUUCACACUAUAGGGAUUAAUUUAUUUAUCUUGCAUUAUAUACUUGUUCUUGCUUUCUUGAGUGAGUUCCCCUCUCCACAGAUCACAUAUGAUAGAACUGUGCUGGUGGCUUCACCCGGUUGCUAUAGUGUGGAACAUUCCAGACAAAGCUAUUACAAUUCCAUGGAGAAGCAGGUAGCGAACCCUUCACAAGAAAAGUUACAACUUUAAGACAGAUAAUUCAAUGGAAUCUAGUAUUAUCAUCCACUGCUGGACUGUUACAUUGACUGCUUUGCACUUCCCGUCCUGUUUUGUUCCAGUUAAUGUUGUUAACAUUAUUUUGGAGUGAUCUCUGAGCAUGGCAAACCCACACCAUAACAGAUUUGUGCUGGAUAACUAAAGUUUGCAUCAGGUUUAAUAUCUGGUUUAACUCACAUCUGGAUUAAUACCCCAAAUGGGAACUUAAAGUCUAAAAAAUAAUGUUUGAUUACUGUGAAUUAUUCCUGUUACAGACACGUUGCUGUUUGCAUUAUAACUACAUACGUAGACUGUUAGACUAUACUGUUAAAUUUGUACAUUUUGACUUACUACUAAAUGUUAAAAUAUUAUGAUUAGAAAUUCACUUGGCUUCCAGUUUGCCAAUUCCAGUCUGCUUGUCCAGCCUUUCCAGUUUAAAUUUAAGCUUAAUUAUUACAUCUACCUAAGUACAGGAAGACAAAGUGUAUGUACUACAAAAGUAUUACAAAAAUAUUUGGCCACUUUGAAAUGUGUUCAAAGUAAAAACAAUAUAUAUAUAUACAUUUGAGAACAAUUUUUCAAUGUAAAUGAUCUUGAAAAAUGUUAUCUUUCGAACAGUAAAACAAUAUGUAAAUAGUAUAGUAUAAUUACUUAAGAACUGUAUAAAAAUGUACUGUACUUUACUUUCUACCACCAAUGUAGAUACAUGAGAGAAAAAAUAAUUAUACAGUAAUUUGCAAUUUCACAGUGCUUAUAAUCCCAUCUAAAUUUGGCAGGGCUUUGGCAUUUGCUUCCUGAUUACUGUUAUAUUUAAUUACCCACUGAAGCCAGUAGUUGUGGAUAGUCCUUGGUUCACUCGUAGACAGAGUUCUGGCUCUGUCCCAUGGUGCUGUCAGUGACUAUGUAGACAUCCAGCCUUUUUUUGUGAUGUGAUGAGUAAUGCGCCAAGGCUGAACGGGCACGCACUCAUUUGGUUUGAAAAGAAACUGUGUAAACCAGCAUAAAUAGUGGAUCUUCCAUGGGGCUUGCCAAUGCCUUCCAGCCCUGAAUCAGAAUUUAUGCUCAGUGGAUUUUUGCAAUAUUUUAUAAUGGUGACUUACUUGAAGCAGCGAGGACUUGUUAACACGGCACGGUUGGAAUAAAGUCUAGAGUUUGGCAAAUGCAAUAGCAUACUUACAAAAAGUUUCAGGAAUUUACAUGAAAAGUGAUCUUCCAUUUUUUGUACUUACUUAUGAAAUCUAGUUCUACAUUUCUUACAGCGACUAUCAGUUAGAUUUAAGGUCUUCCACUGGCAAUAGUUAUUGUUUUGCUUUCAUACCCUAUUCUGCAUAAUGAAGUGAUUUCCUUAUUUCUUUGCAUUAUUUGUGCCAGUUCCAAGCCUUGAUAGUUUUUUUUUUAUUAUUAUUAUUUUUUAUAAUACAUAAUUAGGUGUAUCGUUACAGAAGGAUUCCACUGUUAAUUAUCAAUUUUGUAUCGUCACUGGCUGUUUACGUGACACCGAAAUUUUAUCAUUAUCUGAUUUCUGGAGUUAUCCGAGUAAGAAAUGUCACGUAGCAGUUAUAUCUGAUGUGAGUCAUCAGAUUUCUUUUUGAUUAUUCACACCUAUGCAGGUUUUGACAAGAAUAAUUAUGCAAAAAGUGGCAAACUAACACAAAACUGAAUGAGAAAAUGGUAAAUAUCAAAAGAGGUACUUUAAAAGGCAUUGUACUUUGUCUUCCAAAUAGUUAUACUCCAGUUAUAAUCCACUGAUUUACCAACACAUAUCAACAGUUUUUCAUGAUCAGAUUUCCCUUGUGCAUGUAAACACACACCAAAAUCAGAUCUAAUUAUGGGCUUAUCUGAUUACUCUAGUUAUAUUCUAGUGAUAUUUCCUAAUUUCUCAUUUGUAUUAUUUGUGUCAGUCUCAUGCCUUGAUAGAUUUUUGUUAUUAAUAAUACACAAUUAGGUGUAUCAUUAUAGAAGGAUUCCACUGUUAAUGAUCCGUUUUGUAUCAUCACUGGCUGUUUACGUGGACAAGAAAUCUCAUAGUCAUCUGAUUUUUGGAGUUAUCUGAGUACUGAAAUGUCAUGUAAACAGUUAUAUCUGAUGUGAGUAAUCAGAUUUCUUUCUGAUUGUUUACAGCUAUGCAGGUUUUGACAUGGUCUAAUUAUGGGGUUGUCUGAUUUCUCUAGUUAUAUUCUAGUAAUAGUUCCUUAUUUCCUUGCAUUAUUUGUGUCAGUCCCAUGCCUUGAUAGUUUGUUUUUUUUUACUUGAUAAUACAUAAUUAGGUGUAUCAUUACAGAAGGAUUAAACUGUUUAUGAUCAGUUUAGUAUCGUCACUGACUGUUUACGUGGACACCGAAAUCUAAUCAUUAUCUGAUUUCUGGAGUUAUCCGACUUAUAUCAGUUGUCAUGUAAACAGUUAUAUCUGAUGUGAGUAAUCAGAUUUCUUUCUGAUUGGCCAAGAAUAAUUAUGCAAAAAAUUUAAAUGGCAAACUAACAAACGUGGCAAAGGCAAAACUGAAUGAGAAAAUGGUAAAAAGAAAGAGGUGUUUUAAAAUGCAUCAUACUUUGUCAUCCAAAUAGUUACAUAACUGGUGUUUUUCAUGAUCAGAUUUCCCUUGUGCAUGUAAACACACACCAAAAUCAGAUCUAAUUAUGGGGUUAUCUGAUUACUCUAGUUUCCUCCAAUUUUUACUUUGUUAUUAUAAUACAUCUAAGUCUAAAUAUAGCCGCUAUUCUGGUAUGAUGUUUAAUCAUAGUACUUUCUGAUACUCUAAAACAGUUGAAAUUGACAUAUAAAAUAGCUGUAAAGUAUGUGCCCCAUUCAGACCACUCUGGGAUUGCAGUUAUUUUCCCCUCUCCUGUGUUCUGGGGCAACUGUGAUGAAGUCUGACAGGGAAGAUCACGCAGGUCACAUAUCCCUCCCCUGAUAGAAUAAAUCAUCUUCACACUCUCUGCUACAUACACUGGCUUUGUUUCUGCCGUAAUGGACUCCAAUAGUGUCCAAUAGUGUUUCUGAAUAGAUUGCUUAUUUAUUGAGGUAGCUGAGCGCAGCGUUGGUGAAAAAUGAUUAUGAUUGCGCAGGUAGAUUGGGGACCAUCUCUGCUGAAGGACACUGGGAAGGUCCACAUAUACAUAUAAAACGGUGACGGGCAUACUGGGAGUGUACAGUAUGAACCCUUGUCUCCGUGUUGUUUCAUAUUUAUAACAUUGGAGAAUAGGUCACUGAAGGGUAUUUGCUGUAUUGUGCUGUGUUUCUGAACCAGAUCGCUGCUAGGACGGAUAUUUGAAGCAUUCCUUGAUGUAGACUACACGUAAUAUUUGCGUUUUUUGUUUACGAGUUUAUAGUUGUUGUAGUACUUGACUUUUCGUAGUAUCCAUUAACAUCUGUAAUACCACUACUACUGUUACUAUGUUGUUAUUGAUAGUUUACUACUGAGUUUUAUAGAACAAAAAUGUCUUAAGUUGAGAUAAUGGUUUGCAGAUCUCAUAAUUAAUUUACAGUAUACCAGAUUACAUAAAGACGCUUGAUAAAUAAUAGUUACAAGUUCAUAAUAGUAGUAGAUAGUUAAUAAUAAUUACUUUGCUUGUAGUAUUAUGUCUGAAAUGGUUGAGACAGAAAAAUGAGAAAUAAAUGCAUUCAAGACAAAAAAAAGUAAAUUUCUUAUAUCAUAUUUUGCUUUGCCAAACUAAAUUUGUAUCAAAUAGCAAACUCAGUUUUAAAUCAUCUGUCAUCAUCUAUGUGUUUUUUUCUCUCAACUCAAAUUUUAAGAUAAACUGUAUUUUUCAGAUUAUAAAUCACUCUGAAGUAAAAGUCGCACCAGUCAAAAAAUGUAUAAUGAAGAAGAAAAAAAACAUAUAUAAUUUGAACUUUUUGGGAGAAAUUAAUUUUAUAAAGUUAUAAUUUUAUAAACAACAGAACAGAGAACAACAGGCUGUUAACAUAUUACCAAACUGAUGAUCUCCCUCCAAAUCAAUAAAUCCAUUGAAUUUUUCAUCCUCUGUGUCACUUCUGAGCAACUGCGCAACCUCCAGAGGUAAACAAAGCACCGCUUCCUCUUCUGCGUCGUUGUCGUCAGUAUGAGUCCCAGUUAGAAUUAUUCUGGUCUUUCUGAAUCCCGACAGGAUGGUUUCGGUUGUCUUUAUAACUUUGUUUCAACUUUAAAUUUAGUAAUGGUGCGAUCAACUGACAUGAUGCAGACAGGACAGAGGCUCUCUCUGCAGGAAACAUGCGCAGUAGAGCGUGAUGUACAUGAGUAAUAGUAGAAGCGGCUACUGACACAAGUCUAGAGUGGCUUCUCACAGCUGUCAGUGUGAACAUUUUAAUAUAUAAAUCACACCGGAGUAUAAGUUGCAGGACCACCCAAACCAUAAUCCUAAACCAUGAAAAAAUUUAUGAGUUAUAGUCCGAAAAAUACGGUAUUUAAAAUUUAAACUAUAACUUCUCACGCAUAAAUAUAAAAAUGUGACAUAUAUAAUAUAACAUGAGAUUUGCAAACCAUUUUCUUUUUAUAUCUGCAUUUUACUCCAUAUAUAAUCCUAACAUAUAUCAGGUUAUAAUGUCACUUCUGCUGUAGAUGUUUGACUUGAAAGUAUUGCAUUACGUUGUUGACUAGAAGUACCAGCCCUUACAACCUCUUUGCAUUCUUUCCAAACAGUAACCUAUGCUCCUAACCAAAAUACUACCACUACUUAUUAAACUACUACUUUCCUAACUUCCUUACUGUAUCCACUGUAUUAGCGACUACUGUCUGCCUUGCUUUGUAUCUUUCAAUCAAACACUUUCAUUCUUUCUUUCUCCAUCAUGAUCUUCAUUACUGACAUAUUUUCGGCAAGGGCUAUCACGCUUUGGGUAAAUAGGCACAUAAACUAAACGUGGAAUCUGCACCAACUCCAGGAGAAGACCAGGUUUUGGCAAUGCAUGGACUGAAGGCGCCAUCUUGGAUCUUUUCGGCGGACAUUUUGGUAUGUUUGUUCUCAGUUUGAACCAUGUGACUUCCCUUUUCCAGCUGUUUUUAUCAUGACGUAACAAUUUGGGACUGUGAUUUGUGGUCGUUCUAGCCCCUUGCCAGACCAUUCCUUACUUGAUGAUGUACAUUACUUGAAAGGCAAAAGUUGGGGGUGUUUUUUAUACCAGUUUCAGUGUAGAAGGAAAAGUUAACGGGGAAUUGUGUAGGUUUUGUGGUUUGGGUUUAUUCAAUGCAUUGUCUGGGUCAGGAUACAGGUGAACGAUGACUUAGAAAUUUGUGGGAAAAUACUGUAGUAGUUCAAUUCCAAAACACAUAAAAAUGACAAGAAAGAAAAUUAAACUGUAAGCAUUAUGAACCUCUAGACGUCUGCCAAGGCACUAGUCUUUUCUCGCAAUACACAACAAUAUCCUAUUACUAUGAUAAAUGCUCUUUCAGUAAGCACCUACGAGUUCUAGUUUUGUUUUAACCUUCUUUUUUCCAAAACAAAAUUAAGUAAUGACUUUGUUAAAGCCACAGUGUAACUUUUUUUUUUUGUAAUGUAACUUUUUUUUUGCCAUAAAGCAGAGUUGAGUUCAUUAACCUUUCCAGCAAUUUUAGUACAUUUGUUAUACAUCCUUUUUCUCAGUACAACCUGUUAUUUCACGAUCUGCAUGCUGUAGUUGGGAUAUAUGGCUAUAAUAAAAGUUAUAGGACCAAAAAUACAAAUGGGAAAAAAAUGAAAAUAAAAUUCACCCUCAAACACACAGCAAGCAUGUAAUUUUAUUUAUUUUUUUAGACAUAAAAUGCUUAAUUUAGGGCCUUAGCUACAAAAAUACAAAAUAUCAAGUCUGUAAGUAAACUAAAAAUAUCCUUAUUGCCCUCACCAAAAAAAAGUGCAAUGGCCCCAUUACUUUACUUGUGCCAGUCAUGGAAACAGCUCCUGUCAGGUUUUAUUUUUCAAAUAAAAAUGGCAAGGGAUGCACAGUUACGCAGACCAAAAUGCAUAAUUUGCCAUUUAUUUGAGAAACAACAGCACGUAGAGUGGCUUUUUAAAUUGUUACGAACAAAGACGCUCAAAGCAGCCAAACAUUUUGACUGGCUACACUCUUUGGCAAAGUUUGGGCCAAUCGAAAUGGAUGGAGCGCAUACGCUUGGUGGAAAGCAAAGUUCCUAUUGGACACUUGUUUUCCCAAUGUCAUCAUGCAGCCUGUGUGUGACGUAGGAUAAUGCUGAAACCAAAAAACACGAAACUGUCAGCUUUUCAAGGGGAAAAAAAGCAAGUUUCAGUCUUUUAUGAUUGGGAAGUUAUGCAUGGUUAUGUCUGGAAGGGUUAAACAGAAAAACAUACAUCCUUACAGUGAGUGGGCUCUCCACAAACUGACUCUUACAUGGCCUGGGGAAGGGCCUUCUCUUGCUUGUUUCCAUGGACAUGUUGUUCCUUUGGCUAUAAUAUUCCACAGUAUGGCAUAAGACACAUCUAUCCCCAUGGAGAAUGUUCCAACGUGUGGUUUUAACUUUCUCUUUCCAUGGAAUCACCUUCAGAAAGUUACAUACUGUACCUUUAAAUUGGACUCAAAAAAUGAUUUAGGGCAUUUUUCAGACAAGAAACAAAUAAAUGGAUUAAAAGAACCAUCAAACAAAACAUUCUUAUUGUGCUACAUUUCCAGUAUUUUACAAAAAGAAAAAGAAAUUGACGUAUGCUGUAUUUUAACCUAUCAUUUUGAAUUUUACUUCGAAAACUACUACUUUUUCCCACAAAUGUCUGUGUCACUGAACUGCACCUGUUUGUCAUUGCCUUCAAGGAACUGUCCACUCGAGGCUCUGUCAUCCCACGGCCACAGCAGCCAUUUUUGUACGCUGUUAGUUGCACAAAACUUUUCGAGAAGCCUUCUGCACUGUGUAAAAAUAAUAAGGGUUGAUGUGAUGGGGGGGGUGGUCCAAUGGUACAGUCUGGUAGUUUUGAAUCAUUGAACUUGUAAAUACCUUUUCAUACUGCGGAAACCUUUUUGAUAAUGUUUUAAAUGUAAAAGUUGUACAUAAACCUUGGGAGUGUAGACUAUAUAUGAAUUUAUUUGUACACAAGAGCACUGGAUUUCUUUACUACUUGAUUGUAACUAAAAUGAAUAAUCUGCCAAAGUCUUAUUUCUCACCAUCGUCUUUUUGUUUGCAGCUUCUUAACAGCAGAUUAUAAUGUUAUUAAAUUAUGUUCCAUAGAUUCCAUUGCUGUGUUUUUAAAAGUUUAAGAUGAUUUUUUUUUUUCUGUUUUAAUUUAUUCGUGCCUUUUUCGUGCUCCUGUAUACUUCUUUGGUCCAUCUGUGUUAUGUG